UUAUAAUUUAAAUUUAUUGCAUAAAGGCUGAGAGGGGUAUUCUUAUAUUUCAACUUUCACCGAUACCAAUUUCACUUUUCUAAACCUAAUUUUAUCUCAUUGAUCUUGCGCUCUGCAUUUCAAUUUUCUAUGGCGUAUUCCCCCAAACCUAGGAAGGCCAAGUCUCGCAGCAGAAUCCAACAACAACUCACAACAACAAAGAAGCCGAGCAGAAAGCAAAUCGCACCAGCAAAGAAGCCUAGCAGAAAGCAACAGCAUGUCGCACCAGAUUUGAUUAGUGUUUUGUCCGAUUGUCUUAUCAUUCACAUACUGUCUUUUUUGGAUGCAAGAUAUGCCGUUCGAACCUGCAUUUUGUCCAAAAGAUGGAUCAAUCUUUGGAAGACACUUCCCACCAUUGUCAUAUUAAAUUUUCCCAAUUUUGAUGACCGGAAAUAUGAGCGAUUUGUAUAUCAGAUUUUGUCACUACGUGAUGAUUCUACUGAUAUUCACACUCUUCAACUUCACCCUGCUUUUAUGGAAAAGCGAAGCAUCUCAUUAGUGUCUAGGAUAUUGAAAUAUGCUUUUUCACACAAUGUCCGAUCCUUACUACUUGACUUCGAAACCCUUAAGCCUAAUUCUUUUUCUUUUUCAAGUUCUACUCUAAAAUCCCUCAAACUUACCUGUGGUGAUUUUGUUUUUGGUGUCAAUACUGAAUUUCCAAAUUCUCUUCAUUUUCCAGCAUUAACCACCCUAUCUCUAAGCUACUUUACUUUUACUUCCAAUCAUGAUGGUUGUGCUGAACCAUUUUCCACUUUUAAUAUGUUGACUACGUUGAUCAUCAACCAAUGUGUAGUCUUGAAUGAAAAAAACCUUUGCAUAUCAAAUACUAGACUUGAAAGUUUAUCUAUAACUAUGCAUCGCCAUAAUUAUCCCGGAACUUUAUUCAAAAUCGAGUUAUGUGCUCCAAAUCUUCAUACCUUCUCUUAUAUUGGUAAUCAUAUUUCAAAACUUGUUGGUAGCAAGAGUAUUUUCUCAUCUAUCAAACAAUUAAUUAUUAAUGUCAGGUGUUUUGAUAUGUAUGUGGGGUACUCGCCAAUUAUAUGCAAUUGGUUGGAUGAAAUUUCUAAUAUUGAAUCAUUGACCCUUGAUACAUAUACUCUUGAGGUUCUUUCCUGUUUUCCUGAUUUUCUCAAGCUUGAGCCACCUUCCCUUUUAAACUUAAAGUCACUCAAAAUAGAAACAUAUCGCCUUUCCGAUGUAUCUGAAUUUGACAGAACCGUGGACUUUUUGCUUCAAAAUUCACCCUCGGCAAAGGUUGAAAUCAUUAUCGUAGAAAAAUGGAGCAAAAUGUAGAGAUGAUCAAAGCCUUUGGAAAGUUACUGUAUUUUUUAAUACAAAAUGAGAUAUUAAAAUUUUUUUGUCCAAAAGAUGUAUCAGUCUUAAGAAGGAAAACUUACACUUAUUACAUUGAGGAUGCUUCUCAUUUAUUUGAAAUUUUCAAUUUUGAAUGAUUUGCUUAUACCAUUGACUAGCUUAUCCUAUAUUAUGUAUUAUGUUAACAUAAUGCAACACAUGCUUACAUUAUUUCUAACAAAUUGAUACUUGAUUUCAAUGGUUUUUUUUCUUCUUUUUCUUUCCAUAAGACAUGUAGUUCUUUGGGAGAUUACUUGUUGAUUUAUCAUCUACUAUUAAUAGGGUGGAGAUUGUUCUAACAAAACCAGUUUGUGGGGUGGAGAUUGUUCUCACUUAUAAGUAUAUGUUAAUGUCAUAUAUUAUCGGAUGUGAAACUUUUAACACUUUCAUUUCAUAGUUGCUUUAUGUGAUGUGUAGAUAAUUAUUAGGUCUUCUAGUAAUUUUCAGACCUUUUCAUGGUUGCUAAGAUUGUUUGAUUCACAACUUUCACAUAUAUAUUCCAUAUUCAAUUGUGCGCGUGGAAUAUCCAAUAUGUUUUUGAAACUUGUCAAUCCUCGUGUUCGAGGUUCUUGGAACUUAUUCCAGGUCAUAGAGUCUUAUUAAACUUCAAGAGCGUAUCUUUCAACAUAAAACUCCUUUUAAAGAUAUACAUUGAAAAAUGAAUAUUUGA